ACGAAGUUCUCGGUUCCAGGGCAGUGUGUCAAAGUAUCCUGGGAACGAGGUGUGUUACCGAGGGGACGCUUCCAAGAUGGCGACCCAAACAGUUGGGACGGCGGACCGGUAUGUUGGAGAAACUAAACGGCAGCUACGGGACGGCUUUGGUGUGUACAAGUACCCGAACUCUUUUUUCACCUACGAGGGAGAGUGGGUAAAGGGCAAGAAGCAUGGACAUGGCAAACUUCUUAUGAAGGACGGCACAUACUAUGAAGGGGAAUUCUUCCAUGGCGAGAUUGACGGCCAUGGCUUCCGAAAAUUUGCCAACGGAAACACGUAUUCUGGACAGUUCAGGAAGGGUGAAAUGAACGGGCACGGAGUGAUGACCUGCCCAGACUCAAGCAGAUAUGAGGGGGAAUUUGAUCACAACCAAAGAGAAGGCCAUGGGGUGCUGACCGACCCAGAUGGAGGAGUCUACGAGGGAUCUUUUCACAAGAAUAAGAGACAUGGUCCUGGGUCACAAACAUACAGUGGUGGAGAGAGAUACGAGGGGGACUUUGUGAGAGACAUUCGACAAGGACACGGGGAGCUCAGAUAUCAAGACGGCACAAUAUAUGAGGGACAGUGGAGAAACGACAUGUUCAAUGGUGAAGGUACGAUGAUCCACGCCUCAGGAAUGGUGUAUGAAGGAAUGUGGAUCAAUGGAAAACCAGAAGUUGAGGCGACCAAGAUAGUGAUAAUCGGAGAACAGAGUAUUGAUGUGACCCAGGGUACAGCCUUCUCACUACAGGUGGAGCUCAGGGAUGAGGAGGACAAGGUAGUCUCAGAAAAUGGUCGUGAGAUUCAGGUCAGCGCUGCUGUGCGGUACUUUGCUCCAACACAGGGUACGACCUUGUUUGACCUUGUAGAGGAUAUGGAAGAGACGCCCUUCACCACCCCAUAUGGUUAUGAGGUGGUGUCCUACCCCCUGACAGACAUGGACCAGUUACCACCAGAUUAUGAUGUGAAGCCAUCCCCGAGACCGUCGUAUCUGAUUGCGGAACAGACCAUCCACGAGGCGGGGUCCGACGCGGCGUCUGAUGUAGGACGUGACGAAGCUGCAGAUGCAGAUGCAAACACUACUCUUGAGGCUGACAAUGCAUCCACAGGGACAUCCAGCCAGCACAGAUCGCGCUCCCCCUCUGAUGCCCCCCUCCCAGAAGAGACCCCCCUGCCCCCUCCCCCCAACACCUGUCGAUCCGAGGCAGGGGGGCUGUUCUUUAAGGACCUGUUCCUGCCAGGAGCCCCUCCCAUGUACCGACCUUUCAUUCUCAUGGAUGAGAUGGACAAGGAAAAAGGAGGGAAGGGUGGCAAGAAGAGCAGGAACCCAAGUGCUAUAAAACCAGGAUCUUCAGAGUCAUCUGAAGAAUCAGACAACGGUUCUUCUGACUGUAAGCUAAAACACGUUUACUCUUAAGCUUAGUGGCCUAAAUGUGCAUAAUGGUGUCUGUGGUAAAUAGUUACAUGUACUCAUGGUUUGUGUCACUGAUUCAUCAAAAAGCGUGUUUUGCAGAAUUUUUCUCUUUGAAAAUGUUUUGAAACAACUCCAUGAAAUGUGGAUUCUGCGGUACUGAAUGUGAUUUAUGUAAGAGAAAAGGAAACCGUAUAUUCUUAGAUACAAAUGUAUUUACAAUUUGCUGUAAAUGCCUGUUAUCGUUUCUUUUCAUUUUCAUGAUAUCAGUGAGACAGACCAGAAUGCUGUUAUGUGCUGUGAAGUGAAAGAUUCAUGGACUUAUUUGAGAUGAUGAACUCGUUUAAAACAUUUAUUGCAGGAAUUGUGAUUACUGUCUCCUUUCAAGAGCCUGGAUGACCACAGUAUAAGUAUACUACAAAGCAGUGUGGUUUCUUCAUCUCAAAUGUCAUGAAUGUCUGCGGCAGGAAAUGUAGUUGCUUCUAAUGCAGCAGUGUUCCAGCCAGCCUGAAUUUUUUUCCGUCCCCUGGAUUGCAACUAUCCUAUAGGGGUCCUAUAGGAUAAAAAUGCAAUUUCUUCUAUUUUGGGGGGCAAAUUUUGCUGGUUGAUCCAGCUUGAUUCAAUUCAAAUCUUAACAUGCCAAUUUUUGUCUCUCACAGAGGAUGGAAUGGGAAAAAUAUUUAUCCAUCCCCAACGUCAAAAUCCCAUCAAAGGAUGGAGAGACGGAUGCUGGCUAGAACCCUGCAAUGUAGCCAAUGUCCGUUUUUCUGCAUGUCUGUGAAAUAAUUGGUCCAUUGAGAAUUUUCUCUGUGUUUGAUGUUCUC